CGUAUGUGGUGGAUAAUGCUGCCGGUCCUCACGGGUCUACGCUGAUCUCGGAUGUAAUGUCCCGGAUUGGCCAGAGCUACGGCAAUUUUGAGGCUCCUCAAUGGCAGUGUCUAACUGGCACUCGGGACCGCACUGUCCUGUACGAGAAGAGUAUCGAGCACACUGCCGCGGCUCUUGCUUUCACUGCCCAGCUUAAUUACGAGCUGAACAACGAGGUCCAUUCGAGCAGGACCCUCGCCCAAGAGGAGAGGGACCUCCACCUUAAAGCGAAUGACGACCUGAAGGCAGUGAAUACUAAGCUCGAGGCAGUGGUUAAGGAGCGUGAGGAAAUGGCCAAGGAGCUCGGAAAGCUGAAAAACGAACUCGAGGAGCAGAAGAAAGACAACAUCCAGCUUCGGGAGACCAAUAAGAAGCUCGAGGAAGACAAGGCCGUCACCCUCGACCUCAUGGAGGAUAUCAAAACCCGCCUUACUGCUGAGUUCAAAGAAAAGAAGGAAACGGCGGUCGAUUCAGCCAUGUACCGGAUGUGGGCCUAUAACGAAGAACUGGACACCAGUUUUUUGGGUCCCCUCGAGGCGUCCUUCCUCGAACGAUGGAAUGCCCGGCUCGAGAAGGAAGAGGCUGACCAGCUCGAGAAGGAUAAAGCUACUCCGAGUACCGUUUCGGAGGGAGCUCAGGAGGAUAGUCAUGCUAUUCGUCCUGAGGGGUCCGGUGCCACUGAUGCUGAGAAGGCCAAGGAGACUCCUCUUCUUUGAAUCUG